AUGACGUCAGAGAUUGAACCAAUUGAUACGUACAUUAAUCCAUUAGAAGCAACGUACAAUGACUAUCUUUUAGAGAAAAUAACAGAAAUGUUCAAUCGUGAAGAAAAAGAUGCUUUUAUAACGGCUUCUGAUGCCCAACGGCCUAUAACUAUUCGGGCCAACCGUUUAAAAACCACUCGUAGUAGUUUGAUCCAAAAACUAACCCAUCGUGGGGUUAAUCUAGAAAAGAUUGAUUGGAGUGAUGCCGGAGCCGUAGUUUAUAACAGCAGUGUGCCAAUUGGUGCUACACCUGAGUAUUUAGCUGGCCAGUAUAUUCUUCAAGGUGCUUCUUCUAUGCUACCAGUCCUGGCUUUAUCUCCCCAACCAGAAGAUGUAGUAGUGGAUAUGUGUGCUGCCCCAGGGGGUAAGACUUCUCAUUUAGCCGCUGUUAUGGGUAAUAAGGGUACUAUUUAUGCUAAUGAUGUUAGUGCUAGUCGGGCAGUUGCUUUAGCUGCUAAUUUACAACGGAUGGGAGUGAGUAAUACUAUUUGUACGGUUAUGGAUGCUUUGGCUUUGCCUUAUACUAGGGUUAAUAAGGUUUUAUUGGAUGCACCUUGUUCUGGGACGGGUGUUCUGGCUAAAGAUCCGGCGGCUAAACGGAAUAAGGAUGCUAUGAGUGUGCGGCGGUUGCAGGAGAAGCAGAAAGAGUUGAUUUUAAAGGCAUUUGAUAUGUUGAAUCCUAAAGAUCCGGCUAAUUCAGUGCUGGUUUAUUCGACUUGUUCUAUUCUGGUGGAGGAGAAUGAGUGUGUGGUUGACUAUCUCUUGCGGAAGAGGAAGAAUGCUAAGGUAGUUGAUACGGAGUUACCGAUUGGGAAGAAUGGGUUUAGUUCUUACCGGGGGAAGAUCUUCCAUCCGAGUUUGAAACUUACGCGGCGGUUCUAUCCCCACGUGCACAACACGGAUGGGUUCUAUGUGGCCCGGAUUAAGAAGAUGGGAUACUCGCCGGAAGAGAUAGCUGCUAAGCCGGCGGUUAAGGCAGCUGCUAAAUCCGAAGGGGCAACGGCCGUUACCAAGAAGAAGGCGGCAUUACCUACGGCAUCGGACCGGGCUAGAAAAGGUCUGCGCCCUAAACGAGCUCAACGCUCGCCUAAGACUAACAAGCGCCCCAAGAAGGAGUAG